AUGUUCGAUGACUCGCCGCCCACUGUGGAUCCACUCAACGCGUCUCAAUCCCCCGUCAAGUCCAAGGAGGGAGGCUAUUUUCAAUGCGGUUUCUGUAAACGCCACUACAAUCGAGCCGACCAUCUCAUCCGCCAUGUCCGAUCUCAUACCCGUGAAAAGCCUUACGUCUGUGAUGUCUGCGACAAGGGGUUUGCGCGACCUGACUUGUUGAAGCGACAUGCUACGGGCCAUGCCCAUGACCGCGAUCGGAAGCGCAAGAGAAGCUCUUCCGUCGCAAAGCAGAGUCGUGUCUCCCAGGCUUGUAAGGCCUGUGCCUCGUCCAAACUCAAGUGUGACGAGGAAAAGCCGUGUCGACGGUGUCGAGAGCGGAAUCUGCACUGCGAUUGGCAGGAUGUAGUGCAAGACUCGUCUCCGGAGCCUCAACAACAGAGCUCGACCGAGCAUUCAAAUCCGAUCAUGCCCGGUCAAUCAUUGGAUUUGACUGCCUCGGUGGCAUUCUCUCCCAUGCCGACCCCGAUGGAUGAAUUUCCAGCCGGUGGUAGGACUGGUGGCAUACUCAUGACUCCUCGUGGACCUGCCCCGGAACCCCCGGUACUCUCCCCAGAAGUACCCCCAACGGGCGAGCAAAUUCCAAUGGAGUAUGGAGUAUCACCCACCGACCAAGAGAGUGGCAUUUUCAGCGUCGACGGCACCUUUUUCCCGAAUUUCAUUCCCGAUUCCUUGAUCUCCUCAUUAAGCCGAUAUAACGACCCCUUUGAACCGACAAAUCUGAUCCCCGAAUUCACACAUUACGGAGCUUUGGAAAUUCCAGCCUUGGAUUUCAAUUUGACGGAUGGUGAUUUCGGUUUGAUCGACAUGUACAAUUCCCGCAACUUUGUGCCGGGAGCUCACGAACCGGAGCCGCAAGAUCGCUUCGAUGCGGAUAGUGGAAUUGGUAUCGGUGCCGAGGCUUACCAUCGGUCAUCUUUGUCUCAAUGGAAGCCUGCUCAGCAGGACCGCGCAUUUGAUGAUCACGAACACCUAUCAGUUCCACUUACAAUCGACAGCCCCGAAGCAAAUGCCACACCCGACCGACAGAUUCUCUGUGAACGUCUGUCUUCUAGCAGCCGCGACCUCAUUUUUGGACUGGUGCUGGAGAUCAGCCGAGAAGCGAAUCUGAGUCGAAUUAUGAAGUCAUUUCCCAGCACUGAACUGUUGGACGGCUUGAUUCAGCAAUACUUUGAGUUUCAGUCGCAUGGUGUCGAUUCUUUCAUUCACGGACCGACUUUCCGACCUAAUAGCGAGCAUGCUAGUAUUCUCGCUGCUCUCGCCUCUGCGUCAGCCGUUCGCUCCCCCAUCCCCACUAUCAGAAAGCUUGGAUAUGCUUUGCUUGAAAUUGUUCGACUGUAUAUGCCUAUUAAGUAUGAAAACGAUAACAGCACCACUCGUGAUUUACGUACAUCCCAAACUUAUGCGUUGAAUAUUGAUAUCGGAAUAUGGAGUGGAAAUCGACGAAAGACGGAAAUUGCCGAGAGCUUCUCACAGCCUUUGGUGACCAUGCUCCGUCGAGCUCUUCGAUUCCGCCGUUCCGUCUAUACCAACAUCAUUCCCAACAUCGAAGACUCUGGAGAGCUAUUGGAGCGCAAGUGGCAUGACUGGAUCGAACAGGAAUCGUUCAAAAGACUCGUCUACCAUCUCUUCCUCCAUGAUUCUCGAAGCUCAGUGACCCUCAAUGUCAACCCCUUGAUCUCCUACGCCGACUUAGAACUUCCACUACCGGCAGCCCGCCCGCUAUGGGAAGCCAAGACUGCUAUUGAAUGGAAAGAUCUCUUUUGUGUCAUCUCGCCAGUCACUCCCGAGCGAGUGCCAUCCCUAGCCGAUCUCCUGCGGGACAUGUCCCAGCUUUCGACUUUCCAAGAUCGCAUCGACACGCAGCUGUCCGCUUUGGUUCUUCUCCACGGUCUAUCAGCUUUGAUCAACGAGUAUCACCGUUUGAAAUUCAUUUCAACGAGCAACUCCAAGCAUUGGCAUGCUCUUGUGACAAACUCCCGUCAACAAGAGCUUGAUCAGGCACUCCAGCAUUUCCGCAUGGUCUGCUCGGAACUAAGAGUGCAGUGUCGCCCCGAGAUUGUCCUCGUCUGUGAGGUAGUCUCUAUGCUACUUCACAUGUCUCUGGAAGAACUACAACUUUUUGCUGGCAAAGAAGACAAACAAGAAGCGCGCCGGGUCUACCACUCCGCCCUUGAAUGGAUCACGAGUCCCGACUCUCGUCGAGCUGUGUGGCACGCAGGACAAACCAUCCGUGCGGCCAGGAAGAUGGCCCCUGGCUCACUGACAGGGUUCCUGGCUAUCGGGGUGUAUUACGCCGGGCUAGCCCUCUGGUCCUACGCGGUAGUCUCCAAGGCCAAUAACACGCGGCUGAACGGCAGCCCGGCCUCCUCCAUUGCCAGCCAGGGACCCACCGUAUUCCUGGACGCGGAGGAAAUGCCCGAAGUCACGAAAUUCUUCACAUUAAGUUGUGGCGUUCCUGCAAUUCAGGGGCCGAACGGACCAAUUGCACUGGCAGACACGAGCACUACCAUGCAGAUGGUGCAGCGAGUACUCCGGCCAGACCCGUCAGAGCGUACGCCACCUUUGGUUCAGAGUUUAGCGCAAUUAAUUGGGGAUCUGGGGCAUUGCGUACCCAUGGGUGGGGUGUAA